CCUCGUCCAUGGUUUCGCAGUGGUAAUGUAACGAACGCUCGGAAGCUGUUCCCGUUUCAGCUGAUAUUCCAAGUAUGAGUUCCGACGAGGAGGUGUUGCAUCCCCCUCGGAAUUUCCUCCCCCUCCGAUCCAUGAUAAAGAGGGGAGAAGAAGAAGAGGCGUAUAAAUAUAUGACGGACAACAAUUUGACAGCGGACUCUUUUGCGAGGAGGGUGAAAUCCGGCGAGCGGAAUGAUAUAUUUUGUCCAGUUUGCAUAGCCGCUCAGUCAGGACAUCUAAGCAUAAUGAAAACUUUAAUUUCAAUGGGAUUUUCCUAUCAGAGUGCAAGUCCAAGUGAUCUUGUGUUACAUAUGGCUCCUGUUCACUUGGCCUCAUACGGCGGCCAUCUUGCUGUGGUGAAAUCCCUCAUAGAAGAGCAUGGCAUCGACGUCAACACUCGCGAUGGGUACGACAACACCCCGAUCUACUGGGCUAUCAAUACCCUGGACGCUAACCUUGACCUUGUCACGUAUCUCAUAACAGCUGGAGCACCUGUAAAUAUGAAAAAUGAAAUUGAUAAAUCAUCCUUGCUCCACACGAGCGUGAAGUAUGGCAAUGCGGAUGUGUGUACGUAUCUGUUAGCGCAGGGAGCUGACGUAACAGCACGUGAUCAUAACGGGUGCACGCCUCUACACAUUGCCUCGGUGUGGGGUGACGAGAGUUCAGCACGUGCAUUGCUUGACGCAGGAGCUGAUGUGCACGCGCGUAACAGGUCUCGCGAGACCCCGAUUCUUGUGGCGGCGAAACACGGGAUUUGGCCGCUGAUGAAAAUGUUGUAUUCGCGCGGGGCCGACCCCGAUGAUAACGACAACACAGGGAACACGGUUCUCCAUUAUGCAGUUUCCAAACAGUCAUACGAAACAGUUUACUACCUGACUGUACUUCUAAAUGUUGAGUUGAACACGACAAGCUUGAAAAACGCAACACCAUUUUGGUCUGCUGUUUCGUCAUGUAAUUUGGACAUCGCCAGAUUGUUAGUGGACUCUGGUUUUAAGCCAAGUCUGCCCGUUGGUGAGGACGGUCGCAUUGUGUUUUCCUUUGCCCACAUGGACAAUGACAGCAAUGAGUUGUUGGUGUCGUACGUAAAGGAGGUUGCCACAACACCCCGGUCGCUGCAGGAUCUGUGUACAUUCAGAGUGAGGAGGGCCCUAGGGCCUCAACUGAGCACAGCAGUUACGUCCCUUCCCCUACCUGGGAUUGUUAGAGACGUUGUCAGAUUGUGUCGUAUCCCCGACACUGUGUGAACCAUAUCCCCAACACUGUGUGAACCAUAUCCCCGACACUGUGUGAACCGUAUCCCCAACACUGUGUGAACCGUAUCCCCGACACUGUGUGAACCAUAUCCCCAACACUGUGUGAACCAUAUCCCCGACACUGUGUGAACCAUAUCCCCGACACUGUGUGAACCAUAUCCCCAACACUGUGUGAACCGUAUCCCCGACACUGUGUGAACCGUAUCCCCAACACUGUGUGAACUAUAUCCCCAACACUGUGUGAACCAUAUCCCCAACACUGUGUGAACCAUAUCCCCGACACUGUGUGAACCGUAUCCCCAACACUGUGUGAACCAUAUCCCCGACACUGUGUGAACCAUAUCCCCGACACUGUGUGAACCAUAUCCCCGACACUGUGUGAACCAUAUCCCCGACACUGUGUGAGCCGUAUCCCCGACACUGUGUGAACCGUAUCCCCGACACUGUGUGAACUAUAUCCCCGACACUGUGUGAACCGUAUCCCCAACACUGUGUGAACUAUAUCCCCGACACUGUGUGAACCAUAUCCCCGACACUGUGUGAACUAUAUCCCCGACACUGUGUGAACCGUAUCCCCGACACUGUGUGAACUAUAUCCCCGACACUGUGUGAACCAUAUCCCCAACACUGUGUGAACCGUAUCCCCGACACUGUGUGAACCAUAUCCCCAACACUGUGUGAACCAUAUCCCCGACACUGUGUGAACCAUAUCCCCAACACUGUGUGAACCAUAUCCCCAACACUGUGUGAACCAUAUCCCCGACACUGUGUGAACCAUAUCCCCGACACUGUGUGAACCAUAUCCCCGACACUGUGUGAACCAUAUCCCCGACACUGUGUGAACCAUAUCCCCGACACUGUGUGAACCAUAUCCCCGACACUGUGUGAACCAUAUCCCCGACACUGUGUGAACCAUAUCCCCAACACUGUGUGAACCGUAUCCCCAACACUGUGUGAACCAUAUCCCCGACACUGUGUGAACCAUAUCCCCGACACUGUGUGAACCAUAUCCCCAACACUGUGUGAACCGUAUCCCCAACACUGUGUGAACCAUAUCCCCGACACUGUGUGAACCAUAUCCCCGCCACUGUGUGAACCAUAUCCCCGACACUGUGUGAACCGUAUCCCCAACACUGUGUGAACCAUAUCCCCAACACUGUGUGAACCAUAUCCCCAACACUGUGUGAACCGUAUCCCCAACACUGUGUGAGCCGUAUCCCCGACACUGUGUGAACCAUAUCCCCGACACUGUGUGAACCAUAUCCCCGACACUGUGUGAACCAUAUCCCCGACACUGUGUGAACCAUAUCCCCGACACUGUGUGAACCAUAUCCCCGCCACUGUGUGAACCAUAUCCCCGACACUGUGUGAACCAUAUCCCCGACACUGUGUGAACCAUAUCCCCGACACUGUGUGAACCAUAUCCCCGACACUGUGUGAACCAUAUCCCCAACACUGUGUGAACCGUAUCCCCGCCACAGUGUGAACCGUAUCCCCGACACUGUGUGAACCAUAUCCCCAACACUGUGUGAACCAUAUCCCCAACACUGUGUGAACCAUAUCCCCGACACUGUGUGAACCAUAUCCCCGACACUGUGUGAACCAUAUCCCCGCCACAGUGUGAGCCGUAUCCCCGCCACUGUGUGAACCAUAUCCCCGCCACUGUGUGAACCAUAUCCCCGCCACUGUGUGAACCAUAUCCCCGACACUGUGUGAACCAUAUCCCCGACACUGUGUGAACCAUAUCCCCGCCACUGUGUGAACCGUAUCCCCGCCACUGUGUGAACCAUAUCCCCGACACUGUGUGAACCAUAUCCCCGCCACUGUGUGAACCAUAUCCCCGACACUGUGUGAACCAUAUCCCCGCCACUGUGUGAACCAUAUCCCCGCCACUGUGUGAACCGUAUCCCCGCCACUGUGUGAACCAUAUCCCCGACACUGUGUGAACCGUAUCCCCGCCACUGUGUGAACCAUAUCCCCGACACUGUGUGAACCAUAUCCCCGCCACUGUGUGAACCAUAUCCCCGCCACUGUGUGAACCAUAUCCCCGCCACUGUGUGAACCGUAUCCCCGCCACUGUGUGAACCGUAUCCCCGACACUGUGUGAACCAUAUCCCCGACACUGUGUGAACCAUAUCCCCGCCACUGUGUGAACCGUAUCCCCGCCACUGUGUGAACCGUAUCCCCGACACUGUGUGAACCGUAUCCCCGCCACAGUGUGAACUAUAUCCCCAACACUGUGUGAACCAUAUCCCCGACACUGUGUGAACCAUAUCCCCGCCACUGUGUGAACCGUAUCCCCGCCACUGUGUGAACCGUAUCCCCGACACUGUGUGAACCAUAUCCCCGACACUGUGUGAACCAUAUCCCCGCCACUGUGUGAACCGUAUCCCCGCCACUGUGUGAACCGUAUCCCCGACACUGUGUGAACCGUAUCCCCGCCACAGUGUGAACUAUAUCCCCAACACUGUGUGAACCGUAUCCCCGCCACAGUGUGAACCAUAUCCCCAACACUGUGUGAACCAUAUCCCCGACACUGUGUGAACCAUAUCCCCGCCACUGUGUGAACCAUAUCCCCGCCACAGUGUGAACCGUAUCCCCGACACUGUGUGAACCGUAUCCCCAACACUGUGUGAGCCAUAUCCCCGACACUGUGUGAACCGUAUCCCCGCCACUGUGUGAACCAUAUCCCCGACACUGUGUGAACCAUAUCCCCAACACUGUGUGAACCGUAUCCCCGACACUGUGUGAACCGUAUCCCCGACACUGUGUGAACCAUAUCCCCGCCACUGUGUGAACCAUAUCCCCGACACUGUGUGAACCGUAUCCCCGACACUGUGUGAACCAUAUCCCCGACACUGUGUGAACCGUAUCCCCGCCACAGUGUGAGCCGUAUCCCCGACACUGUGUGAACCAUAUCCCCGCCACUGUGUGAACCAUAUCCCCAACACUGUGUGAACCAUAUCCCCGCCACUGUGUGAACCAUAUCCCCAACACUGUGUGAACCAUAUCCCCGCCACUGUGUGAACCAUAUCCCCAACACUGUGUGAACCAUAUCCCCGCCACUGUGUGAACCAUAUCCCCAACACUGUGUGAACCAUAUCCCCAACACUGUGUGAACCAUAUCCCCAACACUGUGUGAACCAUAUCCCCGCCACUGUGUGAACCAUAUCCCCAACACUGUGUGAACCAUAUCCCCAACACUGUGUGAACCAUAUCCCCAACACUGUGUGAACCAUAUCCCCAACACUGUGUGAACCAUAUCCCCAACACUGUGUGAACCAUAUCCCCAACACUGUGUGAGCCAUAUCCCCGACACUGUGUGAGCCAUAUCCCCGACACUGUGUGAGCCAUAUCCCCGACAACAUCUGAGCCAUAUCCCCGACACUGUGUGAACCAUAUCCCCAACACUGUGUGAACCGUAUCCCCGACACAGUGUGAACCAUAUCCCCGACACUGUGUGAGCCAUAUCCCCGACAACAUCUGAGCCAUAUCCCCGACACUGUGUGAACCAUAUCCCCAACACUGUGUGAACCGUAUCCCCGACACUGUGUGAACCAUAUCCCCAACACUGUGUGAACCAUAUCCCCAACACUGUGUGAACCAUAUCCCCAACACUGUGUGAACUAUAUCCCCGCCACUGUGUGAACCAUAUCCCCGACACUGUGUGAACCAUAUCCCCGACACUGUGUGAACCAUAUCCCCGCCACAGUGUGAGCCGUAUCCCCGCCACAGUGUGAACCAUAUCCCCAACACUGUGUGAACUAUAUCCCCGACACUGUGUGAACCAUAUCCCCAACACUGUGUGAACCGUAUCCCCGCCACAGUGUGAGCCGUAUCCCCGACACUGUGUGAACUGUAUCCCCGCCACAGUGUGAACCAUAUCCCCAACACUGUGUGAACCGUGUCCCCGCCACAGUGUGAGCCGUAUCCCCGCCACUGUGUGAACCAUAUCCCCGACAGUAUCUGAACCAUAUCCCCAACACUGUGUGAACCAUAUCCCCAACACUGUGUGAACCAUAUCCCCAACACUGUGUGAACCAUAUCCCCAACACUGUGUGAACCGUGUCCCCGCCACAGUGUGAGCCGUAUCCCCGACACUGUGUGAACCGUAUCCCCAACACUGUGUGAACCAUAUCCCCAACACUGUGUGAACCGUAUCCCCGCCACAGUGUGAGCCGUAUCCCCGACACUGUGUGAACCGUAUCCCCGCCACAGUGUGAGCCGUAUCCCCGACACUGUGUGAACUAUAUCCCCGACAGUAUCUGAGCCAUAUCCCCGACACUGUGUGCACCGUAUCCCCGCCACAGUGUGAGCCAUAUCCCCGACACUGUGUGAACCAUAUCCUCGACAGUAUCUGAGCCAUAUCCCCGCCACUGUGUGAGCCGUAUCCCCGACACUGUGUGAGCCGUAUCCACGACAGUAUCUGAGCCAUAUCCCCGACACUGUGUGAGCCAUAUCCCCGCCACUGUGUGAGCCGUAUCCCCGACACUGUGUGAGCCGUAUCCACGACAGUAUCUGAGCCAUAUCCCCGACACUGUGUGAACCGUAUCCACAACAGUAUCUGAGCCAUUUCC